UGUGGUUUGUAUGGAGAGAUACGCGACUCGGUAGUAACAGCUGGCGUUGGUGAGGCGAGUUCGUUUGUUAAAGAAUGUCAGCGUUGUGGCAGCCUAACGUCAAUAAAACAGUGUGACGCGGAGACGAGAGCAAACGGAGAUUGUAUCAACACGGUGACCACGUUCGUCUGCGUCUCCAUGGAGGGAAAAAUGGUGUCGUCGCGAAGGGCGAACAUUCGACUGUGAAAACGUGAAUGUAUUAGUAUCCACAUUGGACAGGCUGGCGUGCAAAUCGGCAAUGCAUGCUGGGAGUUGUACUGUCUGGAGCAUGGGAUCCAGCCUGACGGUCAGAUGCCGGCAGACAAAACGCGAGGAAGUGGAGAUGAUUCCUUCAACACCUUCUUCAGCGAAACCGGGGCGGGCAAACACGUCCCCAGAGCCAUAUUUGUCGACCUGGAACCAACCGUGGUCGAUGAAGUGCGCACUGGAAACUACCGCCAGCUGUUCCACCCGGAGCAGCUGAUCACCGGCAAGGAGGACGCCGCCAACAACUACGCCCGCGGCCACUACACGGUCGGCAAGGAGAUCAUCGAUCUCGUCCUCGACCGAACGCGCAAGCUGGCCGACCAGUGCACGGGGCUGCAGGGAUUCCUCCUCUUCCACAGCUUCGGCGGAGGAACUGGAUCAGGAUUCACGUCCCUGCUCAUGGAGCGUCUGUCGGUCGACUACGGGAAGAAAUCCAAGCUGGAGUUCUCCAUCUACCCUGCUCCGCAGAUCUCGACGGCGGUUGUGGAGCCGUACAACUCCAUCCUGACCACCCACACCACCCUGGAGCACUCGGACUGCGCCUUCAUGGUCGACAACGAGGCAAUCUACGACAUCUGUCGGCGGAAUCUCGACAUCGAGCGGCCUACGUACACAAACUUGAACAGGCUGAUCGGACAGAUCGUCAGCUCGAUCACGGCGUCUCUCAGGUUCGACGGCGCCCUCAACGUCGACCUGACAGAGUUCCAGACCAACUUGGUGCCUUAUCCGCGAAUCCAUUUCCCUCUGGCCACCUACGCUCCGGUGAUCUCCGCCGAGAAGGCCUACCACGAACAGAUGUCGGUGUCUGAAAUUACCAACGCCUGUUUUGAACCCGCCAACCAGAUGGUCAAGUGCGACCCUCGUCACGGCAAGUACAUGGCGUGCUGUCUGCUCUACCGCGGUGACGUCGUGCCCAAGGACGUCAACGCUGCCAUCGCCACCAUCAAGACCAAGAGAACCAUCCAAUUCGUCGACUGGUGUCCAACAGGGUUCAAGGUUGGCAUCAACUACCAACCACCGACGGUCGUCCCUGGUGCCGACCUGGCCAAGGUUCAGCGCGCCGUCUGCAUGUUGAGCAACACGACGGCGGUCGCCGAGGCGUGGGCGCGUCUCGACCAUAAGUUCGACCUGAUGUACGCCAAGCGCGCCUUCGUCCACUGGUAUGUCGGUGAGGGUAUGGAGGAGGGGGAGUUCUCGGAGGCUCGCGAGGAUCUGGCUGCCCUGGAGAAGGACUAUGAAGAGGUUGGAGUAGACUCCGUGGAACCCGAUGAUGUAGAAGAGGGCGACGAGUACUAAACAAACAAUAGAAAACACGUGAUAUAUUUAGCUGUCUCUGAGUCUUUAUUUAAGUAUGUUUGCAGUAACAAUAUCCAUUUAUAGUCAAUCUUUAGUCUUGGUAUUUGGCUUUAAGCAUUAAAACAUGGUAUAUGUAUAUUUUAUUUUAAAGGUAGGCCCCUAUUUCUCGAUAAACAUCACAUGUCCAUAUCCAGAAAUUGUAGGAGCGGUCAAUAAAUAUUAUGAUUUGCUCUUGGUAAAACCAAAACAUGUACGUGUGUAUUCAUGUUCAUUAUUUUCACUGAACAAAAGAGAAGAUAAUUAUGUUCUAUACCAAAACAUUUUCUUUAUAUUGACAAUUAAUUUUCUUUAAAUCCACGACUCCUCAAUUGAGAGAAAUGCCGUACUAUAAUAUUUACAGGCUAUCGGGCACGGUAUACAAAUUAAUGCUAUUUAUUUCAGAACUUAGGCUCUUCGGGAACUGAAGCAGCAUAUAGAUAAUAUAUAUUCGGGUUUCAAUGAGUAAUUUAUUUUAAUGUAGUAUACCAUGGGGUCACAAGUGGAUUGUAUACAUCAUAUAUGCCUAUUAUUAUUUAUUGUUUAUACAGGACUCUUUUUCGAUAGCUUAUUUAUUUUAAAAGCUGUUAAAAAACUAUCUUUUUUAUAUUUCAAAUAAAAUAUGUACAAAAAAUAAAAAUAUAUUUUACUCAUUUAUUAAAGUUAAUAUUAAA